GUGUUCUCUCUUACUAGCUGCAAGCCUUCAUCUGCAGUCUUAUUAACAACCCCCUUAUCAUACAAGGGAAGUCUCUCUGUUGUACAGCAUAUAAUGAGCCAUUAUACUAUAGUUAAACAGUCUUCUUAUUUUGUAUGGCAAUAAGCAAGGGAUAUUAACAUUAACAAUGUCAAGUUUAUGUUAGUGGUGACAAAAUAUCUCCAUUUAAAGUGUUACAGAACACAUUGUGUUACCUUUACUGUGUCUCGUGUUGUCUGAACCACAGCGUUAUAUUAUUCAACAUAUUGCUGACAUUUGUAAUCGCACAUCAUGGGUCAUAAAUCAACAUUUCCUCGGGAGCGUUCGCCAAGAGAAAAAAAAACAAAACCUUCAAGGAGCACAGCGUAGCCAGAUCACACUCCCUCCUGCAACAUGGCUGGUCUUGUGUUCCCACAAUACACCACUCAUUUCCAUGAACUGGAUAUGCUACGAUGUUUAGAAGAAAAAAAAUCUUUCUCCUGGCGAAUGUUGCUGAGUAAAAGUUGUAAAAAGUAUACCCCUUGCUUAUUUACCUAUACAAAAUAUAAAAACUAUCAGGUUAAAAAAAAUACUGUGAUAUGGACAGUAGAGGAUACAGCAAAGGUAAAGGCAAAGUAGCAUGCUUCUUGUAAACUGCAGGGGGUUCUGGGAUACUUUAAUCUUACCUGUCCAUUCACUGUCUUUUAGGUUUGCAAAUGUUAUUUUUUCAUUGCAAUGAUAAUAUGCAUUUGAAGUUUUGGUUUCCUCUCCCCAUUGACUUCCUAGGCUACAGGAAAUAGGACCGUACAUGAUGUAACACAAUUUUCUUUGUGUGGUACGCAAGUGUAAAGAUUACCUGUUAAAAAAAAUUAAGAAACAACUAAAAGCAAACAAUGUUGUUAUGUUGUGAUGAGACAUAGGGAAAUGUUUAAUGUCUUGGUGGUUUAGCUUUUUCUAUGCAGCUGUGUAGAAUAUCCUUAAGUUUAGACAGGCCUUUGACGCUCCACAGCUACUUGUCGGUAGUGUGUACAGUACAGUUUUUACUGUUUCCAUCUGUAAUAAACAUGGAUGUUGUCGAGGGUAAGUUUAGGCUUGCUGAUUUGGUAUACUGUUUAAUUUAUCUUUUAAUUUACAUUUUAAAAAAUAAAGGUAUAUAAAAAAGUUGUUUUGCAGGAUAAAUGUAUUGUCCCCACUCAUUCACAGAGAUUAUACAGCACUACCUAUUCAGCUGCUUUCUGCAUAUUCAUACCUUCCAGACAUAAGGAAGCUUGCGUCCUUCUAUAUACCUGGGUAUUCUUUUUUUACCAUAUUUCAGCAGAGUAGAGUGAAAGAAAACAAACUCUCUUAUCUUUGUGGUUGCUGCCUCCGUCCUGGAAUUGUAUAUGACGCCCCAGCCCUGUUCAUGCAAUGCCCAUCUGAUUUUCCUACAGACAUCUCUUAUGUUCUUAGAGAAAAUAAAUCUAGUAGAAGGAUGACCUCCAGUGGCCUAGAGUGGGAUUAUUAUGACUACCAGCCAGAAGAGGCCAGCUCUGUGGCCUUUGUGACCCCAUGGCACACGUUUUCCUUUACACCAACCAAUCCCAAAACUUACCACAACUCCAGUGCAGUCUCUGAUUGGUCAAUGAGCACUCACACAGCCAGGUCCAGUUCCACAGGAGUAGCCAAGGAUACAGUUGCCAUGGACAACAGAAACCAGGAAGACAGUGUUAAGGCAAUACUGUGGAGCAAGGCUAAGAGUGCACCUAGAAGAUCUGAGGCAGUGGCGGAGAGUGAGCAGACAGCCCUGCAUCGUGCAGCGGUAGUGGGGAACACUGAUGUCAUCUCGGCUCUGCUCCAGGAGGGGUGUGCUCUGGAUCGACAGGACAAGGAUGGUAGCACUGCUUUGCAUGAAGUUUCUUGGCAUGGAUUCAGUCACUCUGUCAAACUGCUGGUCAAGGCAGGGGCAAAUAUUCAUGCAAAGAAUAAGGCUGGGAACACAGCUCUGCACCUGGCCUGUCAGAAUGGCCAUUCCCAGAGCUGCAGGCUGCUGCUUCUGGGUGGAUCCAGGCCAGACACCAAGAACAGUGUGGGUGAGACCUGUUUGCAUGUUGCUGCCCGCUACAAUCAUGUGACCAUAAUUACAAUACUCCUCAGUGCUUUGUGUUCUGUUAAUGACAAGAAUCAGGCAGGGGACACACCACUCCAUAUUGCUGCAUCUCUAAACCACAAGAAAACAGCAAGGCUUCUGCUGGAAGCAGGGACAGAUUCAACCACUUUAAACAAUGCAGGUCAGACUCCCCUGGAUCUGGCGAGAGAGCAGAACAGCCCGGAAGUGGCCUUGCUUCUCACUAAAGCCCCGCAGGUCCAGAGCUUCAGCCGAGGUAGAAAUGUAAGGAAGAGAAGAGACAAGUUAAAAGAAGAGCGGCGGGCACAGUCUGUGCCCAGGGAUGAAAUGUUACCCACGAAGGGAAGUGUGGCAGACGACACCCACAGCAGUGACCGCCCGCCAUGCAAAAGAGGAGACCGCAAGAACAAGCCCCGCUCGACCACACCUGAGCCCCGAACAAAGAAGGAUAAAAAGAAAAAGCAAAAGGUGAAGGAGAAGGGACCUCCUAAAAACACAGAGAACAACAACCGUGUGCAGCUUCCCUCUGCAUUGUCAGAGCCCGCCCCCAGGAAAGACAUCCAACACCGUGAGACCAAUCAGAAGAAGGGAAACAAACAGAAUGGCCCCUCCCUGCUGCCCCCCCACAGUUAUAAGGCCUACCAGCUUUACACACUGUACAGGGGGAAGGAUGGAAAGAUCAUGCAGGCCCCAAUAAACGGCUGUCGCUGCGAACCCCUAAUUAACAAACUGGAAAACCAGCUGGAAGCCACCAAAGAAGAGAUAAAGUCUGAGAUUCAGACUGUCCAGGAACGCAUGAACAGCAAACUGGGGCAGCUCGAUAACAAGAACAAACUGCAGUUAAAGGUAAUGGAUAAGAUGACCUUAGAAAGAAUAUCUGCAGAAAGAACAGAGUGUCUCCAUCGCAUUGACCAGCGGGCUGUUCUGGAGAAGCUGGAGGGGGAAAAGAAACAGGCGUCUGUAGUCAAUGAGUUGAAAAACUGGUGCAUGUCUAAGAUCCAGAACAUUGAGGUGCGGCUUUCUGGAGAUUCCAGAAAUUCAAAACCCAAGUCCUCUGCUUUUGAGGCCCUUACUGAGAGCCAGACCACCGAGAGUGACUCGAGCUCCCGGGCCAACGGCCUCAAUGGGGCUGCCUCCCUCCCGCCUGGAGAGGACCAGCAGCACAGCAUGGCCAAGGAGGGCUCAGGGAAACAGUACUUUGUGGUUCAGCAAGACAGCCCACCAGAUGUGAAACAGCAGCCCCUGCUGAUGGAGUUGCCCGUACCCGUUUCAAGCCCGCCUAUAGCUACUUCUCCCAGAGUCGUUCGGCCAAAAGAGCGGACAUUUGCCUCUCCUGCCUCCAGUUGGACACAGACCGAACUGCAAGAAACAAAGACCCCAGCUUCUCAACCCAGACAAGUGCAGAUAAAAGCUUCUGAGAGCUUCUGCGCAGGAACGAGCAGCCUGUCUCCACCUACUGAGCGUCGCAGCAGACAAGGGGAAGAUGGGGGGAGACAUCCGAGGAAACACUCGCAAGGAAGGACCGACCUUCCCAAACCCAAGCCAAGCCAGGCCAGGCCUCCAGAGCUCCCCGCCCCCCAGCAGGAGCGGGACACCCUGCACGCUCUGGAGAUCACGCAGUACUUCUUUGAGGCUGUCGCCACGCAGAUGGAGAAGUGGUACGAGCGGAAGAUCGAGGAGGCUCGUUCCCAGUGUGAGCAGAAAGCCCAGCAGGACAGAGCAGCUCUACAGGAGCGAGUCCUCGGUCUGGAGGAGGAGCUCCGAAUGCUACGGACUAACAUGCACAAGGAGAGCUAGCAGAGGCACAGAGAACAUGUGCACGACUAGUCCGUUCUGCAAAAACACAAUUACAGUAUAGGCAUUCAUCUCUUGAGUUUAGAUGUUUCAUUAAAAGGUACAUCAUCCUAUAUGGAGUGAAAAAAAGAAAGAAAAAAGCUGUAAUAUAUUCCAAAAGUUUACAUUAGCCCAUGAUGAAAAAAAUGUUUUGGCUGCUUUGGAGAAUGUAAAGAUGCAAAGCAGUCAAUAAAGUCUGCUUUGUAGAGUGCAGACUAGUCUAUGGAGAAUCCAGUAAGCAGAUACCAAACAAUGUUGCAUGAUUGUUAGAAGACUGCAGGUUACAUUUCUGGUUAAUGGAUCUCGGGUGGCGCUGGAUUCGACAUUCAGACUAAAUGGGCUGCUGGAAAAAAUUUGUUAAUCUGAAAUAUGAAUAUGAACCAAACAAAAAUAAUAUGAACCCAGAAUUAAUACAUUGGUUUACAUUCAAUUGUUAUAUAUUUUUUUAACAAUUUAAUGUUGGGUGUUGACAUAGACAACUGAUAGACAAUGUUGUUGUGUUUUAAUGGAUGAUGUACAAUCUGAACAAGGUUUUAAACACCUACUAGCUGGAAUAUCUGCAGAUAGGUUUGAUAACAAGGUUUUUAUAUAAAUAUUUGUUUUACUGGCAACCAACGUUUUUUGUUUUUUUUACAAUAGUUUUUAUACAGUGCUAUUCAAAAACUGUAACACUUUUAACAUACCAAGCAUAACAUAGCAUUGCCUAAGCCCAUUGAAAAACACAAUAAGAGCUGAUUGAGAGCAGUUGAACAAUCAUUGUGUCUCUAAAAUAUAAAUUCUGAGUCGAUUUAAGAAGGAAUUGACCCUAACCCUGGCAGGAACCCAUUGUUUACAAGCUAUGUCAUGUUUUUGUUCAAAACGUCACAAUGAGACAGUGAUUUGAGCGCGGUUGCUGCUUGAGGCAAAACAGAACUGGAAAAACUAUGUUCCAGCUUUCCGUAAGUUUCUGUGACGUUAUAUUCGUCACUCGUCACUAGAAGGCGUUUCAGCAUCGGACACGCCAGCCAGAGAACCCAACUUCAUAACAAAUUAGUAAAUGCAACCCUUAGCCUGACAUGACUGUGUCACAUAGGGCAGUUUCCCAAUCCUGGUCCUAGGGACCGGCCCACUGUGUCUUCUGGUUUUCAUUCCAACUGAGAUCUCAAUUACUUAUUAAACCCAAAAUUGAACUAAUAAUGUGCUUAAUUAGACCUUUUUAAUUGUUCUCGGUGCCUAGAAAGUUGCCAAUUUCAAGUUACUUAGAAAAUUGUAGCGUUAACUUGAAAUCUCUCACUGUUUAAAAGUUGAAAACAAUUAAAAAGGUCAAAUUUAAGCUAAUGAAUAGUUAAAUGAAGUAAUUGAUCUCAGUGAAAUCCAGAAGACCCAGGACUGGGAAAUGCUGACGUAGCAGCUGACAAGACAAGGUUCCAGACAGCUCUCUAUUAUGGAUUAAAGUGUUAAACCUCAUGACAGUAUUUCAGUCAACCACAGGACAAAUGUACUGGCAAAUCGUGCAAAUCUUUUUUUUGUUUGUUUGUAGUGUUAGAUUGUAUAUACACAUUUCUCAUUUUUAGUGUAGAAUUAAAACUGUGAAAUGCAGAUAUAAGCUUUGUUACUAUGUCAUCAGGUGCUGUGUGAGUAAAACAAACAGAUUUACAUUACAACAUACAUCUCUCGAAUAUGCACCUGAAUGUUCAUCAGCCAAUCUGUUUAUUUAAAUAAACAUUCUCUUUGUGUACUUCA